AAGCCACCUGCGUCCUGCGCUGGGAGCCGCCGGGCAGGGCUCGGCGCCCCGCGUCCCCACGGGGCCACCGCCGGCCCGAGGCCAGCCCGCUCGGGGACAAGGACGGGGCUGGGCGAGGUCUCGGGGACAGGGGACGCGGGGUGCGGCAGGAUCUGGGGCGCAGCCACGGGUCCCGACUCUGUCCCCUCUCUCCAGAUCCGCAGGCGCCGACCGACGCCGGCCAACCUGGUGCUGAGCAGCGACCAAUCGUCCCCAGAGAUCGAUGAGGACCGGCUCCCCAACCCCCUGCUGAAGUCGGGUCUGGCCAUGUCCCCCAGGCAGAGGAAGAAGGUGUCCCGCACCACCCCGACCAUGAAAGAGCUGCAGAUGAUGGUGGAGCACCACCUGUGCAAGCAGGCACAGGGCGAGGAAGAGGAGGAGGAGGCGGCCGCCGCCGGCCAGGAGCACGGCCCCGGGUGCUGCCACCACGGUGACACCGGUGACACCGAGCACAGCCACAGCCCCGGGGGCACCUGCCCGCUGGCCCGGGCUCAGCCCACGCAUGAAGGUGGCCCCGGGCCCGGCGACAGGACCCACGGGGACGGGCGGCAAAGCCUGGCCCAGGAGGGCACCCAUAUAGCACCGGAGGAGGGCAAGGGUGCUGCCAGCAGCCAGUAGGUGCCUCCCCCGCCGGCAGGAGCGAAGGAGCCGAGCCACCG